AUGGGGGCGGGAGCCCCGCAGAGCCUCCUCCUGCUCCUCCUCCUCCUCCCAACGCCGUGGCCACGCCGGGCCUCCGCGGGGAGCCUGCACAGUCCAGGCCUGUCCGAGUGCUUCCAGGUGAACGGCGCCGACUACCGCGGCCGCCAGAACCGCACAGGCCCGCGUGGCACCGGCCGCCCCUGCCUCUUCUGGGACCAGACACAGCAGCACAGCUACAGCAGCGCCCGCGACCCCCAGGGCCGCUGGGGGCUGGGGCCGCACAACUUCUGCCGGAACCCAGACGGCGACGUGCAGCCGUGGUGCUACGUGGCGGAGACGGAGGAGGGCAUCUACUGGCGCUACUGCGACAUCCCCACGUGCCACAUGCCCGGGUACCUGGGCUGCUUCGUGGACUCGGGCGCGCCCCCCGCCCUCAGCGGCCCCAGCGGCACCUCCACGAAGCUCACGGUGCAGGUGUGCCUCCGCUUCUGCCGCAUGAAGGGCUUCCAGCUGGCGGGCGUGGAAGCUGGCUACGCCUGCUUCUGUGGCUCCGAGGGCGACUUGGCUCGGGGUCGCCCCGCGCCGGCCACCGACUGUGACCAGAUCUGCUUCGGCCACCCCGGCCAGCUGUGCGGCGGUGAUGGGCGCCUGGGAGUCUACGAAGUGUCGGUGGGCUCCUGCCAGGGGAACUGGACGGCGCCCCAGGGCGUCAUCUACUCCCCGGGCUUCCCGGACGAGUACGGGCCGGACCAGAACUGCAGCUGGGCGCUGGGCCCGCCGGGCACGGCCCUGGAGCUCACCUUCCGCCUCUUCGAGCUGGCGGACCCGCGCGACCGCCUGGAGCUGCGCGACGCCGCCUCGGGCAGCCUGCUCCGCGCCUUCGACGGCGCCCGCCCUCCGCCCGCCGGGCCGCUGCGCCUGCGCGCCGCCGCGCUGCUGCUCAGCUUCCGCAGCGACGCGCGCGGCCACGCGCAGGGCUUCGCGCUCAGCUACCGCGGCCUGCCAGAGGCGGCGGAGAACCCGGCGCUCCCCAGGGGCGCGGCCCAGACUCCUGCAGGGCUCCCCUACGGGACCAAUGCCAGCUGCAGCCCCCGGCCUGGGGCUCCGGAGGCCACCGUGGGCGCCCGGGUCUUCUCAACGGUGAUGGCCGUCUCCGUGCUGCUGCUGCUGUCGCUGCUGCUGUUGCUGCUGCUGUCGCUGCUGCGCCUGCUGCGCCGACGGAGCUGUCUGCUGGCUCCAGGAAAAGGACCCCUGCCCCUGAGGCCUGCCCAGGGCUCUGGGAGAAGUUGGGCUGUGUGGUAUCACCGUCCUGGAGGGGUGGCGCUGCCCUGCCCCCCUGGGGACUCCCAGGCUGAGGGGCUAGCCUCAACUUACCGCCCCCUGAGCGCCUCCAGCCAGAGUUCCCUGCGUUCACUCAUCUCUGCCCUCUGA